AUGUUUGUCAAGCUGCUCUCGGAUAUCCUUCUCUUCUGCAAGCCGAUGCUGCUGAAAUCGCUCAUUCAGUUCACAGAACAAUUGGAAAGACCGAUGUGGCAAGGAUUCGUGCUCGCGUUCACCAUUUUCGGAUCGGCUGAGCUUUCGUCCAUCCUGCUCUCCCACUUCCUCUUCCUGAUGUAUCGAGUCGGAACUCAUGUACAGACGUGUCUCACAUCCGCUGUUUAUCGCAAAGUACCCUCUCUUCCACUCGGCGAAUAUAAAUGUUACCUCUAUUUCCCAGACGCUCCGCUUGUCGAACGCCGCUCGUCGCGAGAAGACUGUCGGCGAGAUUGUCAACCUUAUGGCCAUAGACAUUGACCGCUUCCAACAGAUCACCCCUCAAACGAUGGUCAAACCCAUUCCAAAUCGAAUUUGUUUUGUUCCUGCUCUUCCAGCAACUGGGAGUCUCAGUCUUCAGUGGAGUUGCCGUGAUGGUGCUUUUGUUUCCGAUCAACUUUGUGAUCACGAUGAUCAUUCGCAAGUGGCAGAUCUCGCAGAUGUACUACAAGGAUGAAAGGACAAAGAUAAUGAACUAGGUGCUCGAAGGAACCAAGGACAUCAAACUGUACGUGUGGGGGCCGCCUAUGGAGAACGUCAUUGAAGAUUUGAGAGAGAAGGAACUGGGGCUGAUCAAGAAGGCAGCAUUCCUUCGCACUUUCUCGGAUAUGCUCAACACCGCCUCGCCUUUCCUCGUCCCCCUUUCCACCUUCACGACCUUUAUCUGUAUCGAUCCGAAGAAUGUGCUGACACCGGAGAUUGCGUUUGCAUCUUUGACGCUCUUCAAUCAGUUGAGUUUGCAAAUGUCUCAAGUCGCGGAGUUCAUCACUCAAACCGUGCAAGUGUCGGUUUCCAACAGACGUGUGAAGGAGUUCCUCAAGUCUGAAAAGCUCAACGAGGACGCCAUCGAUUGCAAAGGCCGUAAUAGUGAGUCCAAUGACGGCUGACGACAGACUGAUUAUUGAUUUUUUGCAGAUAACGACAUCAUUGCAAGCUGGUGCCAUGCUUCCACAUUAUCUCCUUCUCAGUCAACCGCGGACAAUUUGUCACCAUUGUCGGACGCGUCGGAGCGAGACAUCGAUGCUCCAAGCGUUGAUGGGAGAAUGGAGAAUAAUUCUGGAAGUAUCUCUAUGCACGGACGUCUCUGCUAUGUGCCCCAACAACCGUGGAUGCAAACAAUGCGCUUCGCGAGAUUAUCAGUUUCCAGGUAUAAAUUCGUCGAUCUGAAUGUUUCUCGACAUGAUGCUACGCGAGUAGCCAAAGAAGCACCGUACAUCCUUAUGUACCGAAAGCGCAGGCAUGGAAAGAUCAGCCGAACUGGAACCAGAAAGCCAGCAGAAUCUCCGUACAACGUAAAUGCUUUAUAAAGUCCCGAUUUUAACAAAAACAAUUUCAGUUCUUCGACGCCAGCAAACGAUAUCUGGAACACUGUCCAGAAGCGUGGGAAGUCAUUAAAGAGACACUGGAAAAUGAUGUUGCCAACAACUGA